ACUUGGUCAUCCAUGGAAUGGGCGGCAUUGGUAAAACAACUCUAGCAAAAGCUGUCUUUAAUCAAAUCUCCAACCGAUUUGCAGUCUGUAGCUUCCUUUCAGACAUUCGUGAAUCUGCAAAACACAAAAGAAUUGUUGACUUACAAAAAACAUUAUUAUUAGAAAUUCUUCAAUCCCAAUUUCUAGAAACUCUCACUUCUGUUGACAUGGGGAUUGAAAUGAUUAGAAAAACACUUUGUGAUAAGAAAGUUCUCCUUAUUCUUGAUGAUGUGGAUAAUAGGGAUCAACUCUCUAAGCUAGCUGGGAAGAGUGAUUGGUUUGAUUCAGGAAGCAGAAUAAUCAUUACAACAAGGGACAUCAACUUUUUGCCAAUCAAAGAGAAGGACAAAGAGAGUAGUUUCCAAGCACAUUCUCAAGAGUUUCAAUACUAUAAAAUGAAAGAAAUGGAUUUUUUCUAUGCUCUUCGGCUUUUAGUAAACAUGCCUUCGAGAUGGAUUUACCACCACAUGACUUCGAUGAUAUCUCAAGGAAAAUUACUACCACAACAGGUGGACUUCCUUUAGCUAUUGCGGUUAUUGGUUCCUCACUUCAAGGCAAGAGCAAAACGUCUUGGAAAGUCACUUUGCAGAAGUUAAAGUCGGUGCCCAACCGGGAAGUCUUCAAUAAAUUAAAAGUCAGUUAUGACAUGUUAGAGGCUGAGCAACAAGAGAUCUUUCUUGAUAUUGCAUGUUUCUUCAUUGGAAAAGAUAUACUCCACCCGAGCUAUAUGUGGAAAGCUUCCAACUAUUUUCCGGAGAUGGAACUACUUGUCCUUACUCGUAAGUCUUUGAUAAAGAUUACAAAAGAUCUUAAAUUUUGGAUGCAUGAUCAACUUAGAGAUCUUGGAAGAGAAAUCGUUAGGUGUGAAGACAUCAAUUUUCCAGAGAAUUGUAGCAGGUUGUGGGAGCCUGAGUUUGCCCUCGAAGUGGUUCAGAGGAAAAAGGUGAGUGAGAACUUGAAAGUUAUAGAGAUCUAUUUGCAUGAAAAGGAUUCCCGACUUCUCGAAAUGCUCAAAUUUGAGGAGAUUGACUAUUCGAUCAUGUGCAAGCUUGCUAGAGGUCUUAGAAUGUUGAGGACGAUGGCACUUAUAGACAGUUGGAUAGCGAAGCUACCGAAGACAAUAGGAGGAUUAGAGUCUUUGCUUGAGCUAGAUUUGACCAGAACAAGAAUUAGAAAAUUACCUGCGUCUAUUGGGAAUCUUAAAAAGUUGAGGAAGAUGAGCAUGCUUCAGGCUCCUAUAAAGAAGCUACCGAAGGAAAUAGGAGGGCUAGAAUCUUUGCUAGUGCUAGAUUUGAACUACACAAAGAUUACAAAGUUACCUACUUCUAUUGGAAAGCUCAAACAAUUGGAGAUUGUAGGUGUAAUUGGUACUAUGAUUAGAGAGCUACCAAAUGCCAUAUGGAUGCUAAAGAAUCUUAAAGUUUUGAAUGCUGGAUACUUUGUGAAAAUAUGGAGGGAGAAAUUCCAAGUGAAAUUCAGGGUCUAUCUUUUCUUAGGGGGCUACAGCUAUCAAAGAGCAAGAUUAGGAGAUUGCCCACAACUAUGA